CAGCUUGUUCCAAGUUGUGGCAAUUUAUUUUGAUUGAUUUUCAAGUGUUUAGAUUUUUUUAAAUCAAAUCUAUUAAUUAAUUAACCAUGAUUUCAAUUAAAAGUAAAUUAAUUGUCUUAAUUGUCAUCUUAUUUAAUGUUAACACUAUUCUAGCUGAUGGAGAGACCCUCGUGUUACUUGACAAUUUAGCAAUUAGGGAAACUCAUUCAAUUUUUUUCAAAUCUCUCACCGAUCGUGGUUUUGUGCUGACUUAUAAAGUUGCUGAUGAUCCUUCGUUAACAUUGGUUAAAUAUGGUCAAUUUCUUUAUAAACAUUUGAUUAUUUUUUCUCCUUCGGUUGAAGAAUUUGGUGGAAGUCUAAGUGUCUCUGCUAUAACUGAAUUUAUUGACGGCGGUGGUAACGUUUUGGUCGCUGCAAGUAGUAAUGUUGGUGAUGCUAUUAGAGAGCUUGCUGCUGAAAAUGGUUUCGAAAUUGAUGACGAGGGUACAAGUGUAAUUGACCAUCUAAAUUAUGAUGUUAAAGAUGAAGGUUUACACACCCUUAUUGUCACCGAUUCUGACAAUCUUUUAGAUGCUCCUUUAAUUGUUGGAGAUAAAAAGAAGCUUAAUCCUAUUCUAUUCCGUGGUACUGGAAUGAUCUCUGAUCAGAAUAAUCCUCUUGUUCUCGAUGUUCUCAAAGCUUCUCCUACCGCUUACUCUUACAAUCCAAGUAAAAAAAUUACUGAGUAUCCACACGCCAUUGGAAGUAAUACUUUGCUCAUUUCCGCUUUACAAGCUCGUAAUAAUGCUCGAGUACUUUUUACCGGAUCUCUUGACCUGUUUUCCGAUAAACUUUUCCGAAGUUCAGUUCAAAAGUCCGGAUCUAAACAGGUACACGAGAAAUCGGGUAAUGAGGCUCUUUGUAUCGCUCUUUCCCGUUGGGUAUUCAAAGAGGAAGGUGUUCUACGAGUUGGUAAAGUGGAACAUCAUAAACUUGGUGAAUCAAGUCCACCAGAAUCAUAUACCAUCAUGGAAGAUGUUGUCUAUUCAAUUGUUGUCGAAAAAUUAGAAAAUGGUAAAUGGAUUCCCUAUAAUGCUGAUGAUAUACAAUUAGAAUUUGUUAGAAUUGAUCCAUUUGUCCGAACUGCACUAAAGAAACAAGGAGAUAAAUACGUUGCCCAAUUUCGUAUUCCUGAUGUUUAUGGUGUUUACAAAUUUGUCGUUGAUUACCAAAGAAUUGGUUUAACUCAUCUAGAUUCUAGUACUCAAGUUUCCGUUCGACCCCUCGAACACACCCAAUAUGAGAGAUUCAUCCGUUCAGCUUAUCCCUAUUAUUUUAGUGCUUUUUCAAUGAUGUUUGGCUCAUACAUAUUCAGUUUUGUUUUCCUUUACCACCGAGACUCAACAAAACAAAAAGACGAUUAAUGAACCAAAAAAACACCUUAAAUCAUGAUAAUAAUUUUUCAGCACAAAGAAAACCUUACAAUUAUACUUGUGAAUCUUUUCUAUACCCAAACAAAUUGCAAGACCAAUUAAUCUCUUGCACUUUCCAUCUUAAUUAAUAACAAAAACAAA